AUGUUCCUGACAAGAAUCACCAUCAGCAAGCUCUGUCCAUUCUCUGCUCGGCCAUCAACUCAGUUUCUACGCUACUAUUCAGUCCCACCAAAGUUUGCUGAACAAUAUCGCGGACCACCAAAACUUCCCAAACACGAACAAGAGGAAUUUGAAAGGUUACAGAAUAUAGCCCAAUCUCAAAUUGCUAUUGAGGAUUAUAAUGAUCGGUUACUAGCUGCACAGCGUGAAGCAGCAGCUGCAGCAAGUGGCUCGACUAAUCACGACACAGAUAAUGAAGUGAAACCCCCUGUAAUCAAUGACAACUCAGAUAUUGGUACUUUUGCUUAUUUGAAAACGAUCCCUGAAUUCGAAGGCAACGUGAACCCAAAUACAGGUGAAAUUGGGGGACCAAAGCAAGAUCCGUUGAAACAAAGUGAUGAAUGGACAUACAAUGGACGUACCAUUGACUUUUGA